GUAUGUGGGUAGACUCAUAUUUCUACAAUAGAGGGUAGAUUGCGCACCAUCUCUGUCGAUUGAUUAAAUGCAAUACCGAACGUACGUGUUUUAGUGCUCUCCUCAUAUCCUGGAUUCCCUGGGCCCUAGGCAGAUAUUUCUCAGUGGCGACGAGAACAAUUGGACACUAGUGCAUUUAAAAAGUGAAAAGUUAUUGAUAAACAGUGUACGACAUGCCUGUGGGAAAACUCGGACCGUUUGACCUUGUCAAUGACAAUUGGGAACUGUAUGUUGACCGUUUAGAACAAUAUUUCGUUGCAAACGAUGUUAAAAGUGAAGUGAAAGUGGCUACGCUAAUAACAGUGAUGGGCGGGGACGCUUAUGAACUAAUGGUGAAUCUGUGCACGCCCGCGAAACCCGCGACCAAAACUUACGACCAGCUGGUCGCGCUGAUGAAAGGCCAUUUAAAUCCAAAGCCGAGUUUGCUCGCAGAACGUUUUAAAUUCCGUCAGCGUGUGCAAAAGCGUGAUGAAAAUAUUGCCAACUUUGUAACGGAUCUUAAAAAAUUAAGUAAGGACUGCAGUUUCACCGGGGACAAUAGCUUGAAGGAGAACUUGAGGGAUCAGUUCGUGUGCGGGCUGUUGAACGACGACAUCAGACAGAAGCUGUUCACGGAGGACGACACGAUCACGUUCGACCGGGCGUACAAGCUCGCCGUGUCCAUGGAGGCGGCCGAGGUCAACGCGGCGCUAGUAGAAGACUGUGCUCGGAAUCGAACCAGCGACAGUAUACCAGCGAGCGCGACCACGUCGGUGCAUCAUGUGGGUCGGGCAGGCCGGGGCCGGGCGGCGGCGGACGGCGGUCGACCAGCGGCGGGAACAACGGCCCGCGGGAAGAUAACGAGCGGCGGCGGCGGUCUAAGCGCCAUGAGCGGAGCGGGUAGCGGAAAGAUGCGAGGCUUCGGUCAAAACAAUAACGCGGAUUUCAAUGGAGUGUGCAAGGUGUGCGGAGCAAAGCAUGAAGCCGACAGAUGUAAAUUCAAGAAGUAUGUCUGCCGAGUAUGUAACCAAGAAGGACAUUUAAAAAGGGUGUGUCCUAAGCUGCGGGGAAGUUCGUCCGUAUACAACGUGACGGAAGAGAAGGUUGUGUAUUUGGACCGUUCGGACAACAGCGACAGCGACGAGGUAAACAAUUUUUCAAUAGAUAGCAGCGAGUCGUCUGUGUGUGAACCAUACACCAUAGAUGUUAAUAUCGCGGGAAAGUGGUUAAAUAUGGAAAUAGACACAGGUAGUGGAAUUUCAUACUGUGAGGUGUUUGCGGAGGGCUUGGGCCGGUUCACCGGGGGCACGGUCGGGUUCCACCUGCGGCCGGACGCGCGGCCGGUGUUCCUGCGCGCGCGCCCCCUGGCGUACGCGCUGCGCGAGCCGGUGGAGCGCGCGCUCGAGCAGAUGGUGCGCGACGGCAUCAUUACGCCUGUCGCCACCUAG